CUACUAGAACUUCAACUCAUUCUCGUAUAUUGAUUGCCUGUUCAGCGCAUGCGCGGAUUCAGUACAACCACUAAUAACGCUGACAUAAACCUCUGCGGACGUCCGGAAAGAGUUAUAAAAAAAAAGAUAACAGGCAAAGGAAAUAUUAAAAUAAAAAUUGUGUUACAAAAAAAUGUUCUGUAUUUUACCGUGAGAGAAAUAAUAAAAGAUUUUUAUUAAAUUUUUUCUAUUGAGAAGUGAUUUAAAAAUAGUAAAAACGGCUACCCCAAAGUUAUAUUACGCAAAACCAAUGUAUUUAGCGGCGGAUGCCGUGCGUGAGACAAGAAUCGUAUUAAGGCUCGAAUCAACAGAAUCUGAGGACCACUUUAAUAGUAUUCGUUCUUCAAUACCAGCGCCUCCAGAUAUUGAAUCAUGUCAUUGCCUAGAGAGUUUAUUUUUAACAAGGAACUGUCGAAGUUGGACGGACAGAUGCUCGGCUCAUCAGCCCCAACAACAACACCAGCCCCGGCGUCGUGCUCAAUCGAAUUGUCAGCGGAUCCAAUUGUCGAGGUUUUGUCACCGGACAAAGCGGGAUCACUGCUGUCGAUUCAAUCAGCGCCGCCCGAGCAGAGCGAACGCAUCGAGCCCCGAGAGAGACCUGUCAGCUUGCUCUUAGAAUUGCCAUUAGCUACUCAAGUCGGCGCGUAUUUGUCAGCGAUGUCACCUACGGACCAGGAGGAGGACUCCCUCUUGACUCUGUCCUCGGUGACCGCUCGCCCGCUGCUAGCCGCGUCGAGAAAGCUCAGACCUCAUAACGGUUCCACGGAUAUAUCAUCACCUCCAGACGGAGGGUACGGCUGGGUGGUCGUAUUCGGCGCUUUCAUGGUUCAAUUCUGGGUCGCGGGGCUGUUUAAGUCAUAUGGGGUACUUUAUGUGGAAAUAAUGGAAACAUUUCCUGAUUCCUCCGAGAGUGUUGCGUCGUGGAUUCCAGCAGCUUUGUCAACGCUUUGCCUCGCUUUGGCUCCUUUAUCAUCAGCGCUCUGCGAGAAAUACUCGUGUCGGCUCGUCGUUUUCAUCGGGGGCUUGUUCUGCGCUACGGGGCUCGCCGUCUCAUUCUUUAGCACAGGAUUACUGCACUUACUGCUGAGUUUCGGUGUUAUGACGGGUAUUGGAGGGGGCCUGUCCACUACCCCUGGUAUCGUGAUAGUUUCGCAGUAUUUUGAUAAACAUAGAGCACUGGCAAAUGGUAUUUGCGUCAGCGGGACGGCAGCUGGGAGUUUUGUUUUUCCUAUGCUGAUUGAGAAACUCGUCGACACGUACGGGCUACAUGGAACCGUUUUGCUCUUGGGUGCCGGUAUGCUGCACGUGUGUGUCUCGGCCACUCUGUACCGUCCACCACCCACGCCACGCCCUAUCACCCCCGUCACGACCACCACCACGGAGAAUACUACGCUUCUCAACGAUAUACAGGAAGGUAAAACUUUAGUCCAAAACAAAGACAAUAAGCUACAGAACCUCUUUCAACCAGAGACUGAACUCACUCUGACAUUGAACCAGAAGAACGCCUUGAUGAGCGAAGAUAAAAGGACGAAUCUCCUCAGCGAAAUAAUUCACCCGAGUCUCAUCGAGCAAGUCGCGCGUCCACCUUUACAAUCUCAAAUGUCGGAUUCUGAAGACUCGGAAGGGCUUGAUGUAUUAGGAGUUGUUGGUUUACCGCGUGAGGUCGCGAGGCUGCGUCUCAGACCGACUCGGUCAUCUUCAAUUCUCCAUUCCGUUGAAGAUCUCUCAACAGACAGCACGUGUGUCUAUAAAGCUAGAGGAAGGACGCUGAGUCGAUCGUUAUAUAUUAAGCCUCCAUUGCCGAGCAGGAUCAUUCAAAGCAAACUCUCCGAGCCUGUUAACGAUGUCAAAAAGAACGAACAAGAAGAAUUAAAAGAAGAAAACGUGGAAGACAAAGAAGCGAAGCGGGGAUGUGUUGAAAAAAUAUCCAGAUAUCUCGACGUGUCUCUGUUGAAGUCUUGGCGUUUUGGUCUCCUGUGUGCGUCCGUCGCGCUCAUGUCCUGCGGCUCUCCGUACGCCUUGUACUACUUACCAGCGUACACGGUGGCUGUCGGGCAUAGCAAGGCGGCAGCUGGUCAUUUAGUAGCAAUAAGUGCUAUUUUGGACUUAUGCGGCCGCCUCGGUCUGGGUUAUUUAUGUGAUUUGCAUCUGUUUUGCAGAAGGAAGGCUUAUAUUUUAAGUAUAAUUAUUGCUGGAAUCGCCGUUUUGUCGUUGCCCAGUUUGACUUCGUGGUGGAGUUUGGCGGUUGCAUCAGGCGCUUACGGACUCUGUCUCGGCUGCUGGUUCCUGUUGGUUCCAGUUUUACUGGCUGAUGCAUUCGGCACCGCUCGCAUCGCGUCUUCAUAUGGUCUGGUCAGAAUGUUCCAGAGCUUGGCGGCUGUUUCUGUUCCUCCAACAGCUGGUCUCCUCCGUGACGUCACUGGCGGCUACUCCUGGUGCUUCUACGGCAUGGGUUCGUGUAUGGUUCUCGGGUCGAUUCCUGUAAUCGCGUUCCAUCUCAGCACCAAGAAUGAGGACUCUGAAUCUUCUGUCGAUUGAAUUGAUAUCAUUAUUAAUAUGUACUACAUAAUAUUUAAAACCAGUACGGUUUCAUUCGAAUAUAAAAAAAAUGAGUAAUCGGUAUAAAAAAAAUAAAUAAAAA